AUGUGUGGCAUUUUCUGUUGUUUCAACAGACAAGGCGAUUUGGCGUCAUACAGACCUAGGGCAAUAGCUUGCUCGAAGAAACAGAGACAUAGAGGACCCGAUUGGUCAGGAUGUUACAUGGCGAAAGAUACGAUCAUGGUGCAUGAGAGAUUGGCGAUUGUCGGUGUGGACACCGGUGCUCAACCUCUCGUCAGCGAAGAUGACCAACUCGUUCUUGCCGUCAACGGUGAAAUCUACAACCAUGUCGCAUUAAGAAAAGGUCUCAAAAACCAAGAUGCCGUCUUCAAGACCCACUCUGAUUGUGAAGUGAUUAUGCAUUUGUAUCGAGAACACGGUACUGGACUUUGUGCGAUGCUUGAUGGAAUGUUCUCGUUUGUUCUCCUUGACAAAUCCGUUGAACCUCCAAGAUUGAUUGCCGCUCGUGAUCCUAUCGGUAUCACCACUCUAUACAUGGGAUAUCACUCUUCUGCACCUGACACACUCUACUUCUCCUCUGAACUCAAAGCAAUCCACGAAGAAUGUGACACUUUACUUGCAUUCCCCCCAGGACACUUCUACGAUUCAAAGACGAAACAAACAGAGAGAUAUUUCAAACCCACUUGGUGGGACGGUGAUAAAGGUUCUAUCCCUCAUAACGAAGUGGACUACAAACUCGUCAGAGAAACCCUCGAAGCUGCAGUUAGAAAGAGAUUGAUGUCUGAAGUGCCUUACGGUGUACUUUUAUCAGGUGGUUUAGAUAGUAGUUUGAUAGCUUCUAUCGCCGCUAGAGAAACGGAUAAAUUGGCUGCAGAACAUGAAGCUUAUAGGAAGGAGAGGAAACAGGCUAUGGCUGAUGGUAAAUGGGUCGGCGAUGAGAAACCGCUUGCCACUUGGCCUCAACUCCACUCUUUCGCCGUUGGUCUUCCCGGUGCUCCUGAUUUGAUUGCCGCUCGAAAAGCAGCCGAUUUCUUGGGAACUGUGCAUCACGAAUACACCUUCACAUUAGAAGAAGGUCUAGAUGCCAUUCCUGAAGUCAUCUACCAUCUCGAAACUUUCGACGUCACAACUGUCCGAGCAUCUACGCCCAUGUACCUCUUGUCGAGAAAGAUCAAAGCCAUGGGUGUAAAGAUGGUAUUGAGUGGUGAAGGUUCUGAUGAGAUCUAUGGUGGAUAUCUUUACUUCCACGCUGCUCCCAACGCGCAAGAUUUCCACGAAGAGUUGGUCAAGCGAGUAAAGAACUUGCACACUGCUGAUUGUCUCCGAGCCAACAAAUCUACUAUGGCCUGGGGUCUUGAGGCUCGAGUUCCUUUCCUCGACAAAGAAUUCCUCGAAGUUUCCAUGAACAUCGAUGCUAAAUACAAGAUGUUCUCAAAAGGAGCUGCUCAAGAGACUGAUGCUGAGGGACGACCGAAAAUGGAGAAGUACAUCCUUCGAAAAGCAUUCGACUGUGCACCUGAUGGAAAAGCUUACUUACCCGAUUCAAUCUUAUGGAGACAAAAAGAACAAUUCUCAGAUGGUGUUGGAUAUUCUUGGAUUGAUGGAAUGAAAGAUCACGCUGCCGCUGCAGUAUCAGAUGAAGCUUUCGAAAAGAGAUCAGAGAGAUUCCCGGAAUCAACGCCUGACACAAAAGAAGCUUAUUGGAUCAGAGAACUUUUCGAACACCACUUCCCAAGUAAAGCUGCCGCUGGAACUGCAGUACGAUGGAUCCCUAAACAAGAAUGGGGUGUAUCAAGUGAUCCCUCAGGAAGAGCUGUAUCUAUCCAUACCGCUGCUUACGAAAACAAAGCUUAA